UAUUUUCAGGCCAUGCAGUUGGCUUGUGUCUCUUCGAGAAAAUGAAAAAGGAGCAGAAAUUUAGAAACAUUGCAAUGGACAUAAGAUCCCGCGCCAGAAAGCACGAGAAUCUCUUCUUCAACAUGAAACUAAUGAAUGAAUCUAUGACUGACGCGAACCGGCCUUUUAAAUGUGAUAUUUGCGGCGCUUCCUACAAACACUACACCAACUUGCGCAGCCACCAAAACUCACAUACUGGAGAAACAUAUUGUGCAAUUUGUCAAAAAGGUCUCGGCACAAAGCCAUACUUCAGGACCCACAUGUUAAAAGUUCACGGAAUUGCUAUGUAACCUAUGUGCUUUCUUCGUCAUCUACUUCUCGUGAUCUGAUUUUAUAUUAGUGACAUUUUACAAUGGAGCUCUUACAUGUGUGAGCUAGUACGUUUUUUAUGUAAAGUUUCGCGAGAAAUACGAUGGUGCCACUGGUUUUUUGUAAAAUCAACUCCGAAGCUCAAAAAAAUAUCUUAAAGUUUAGGCCGUAAUGGAGGGGAUAUCCCACGCUGUCUUUAUCAAGUCAAACCCUCCAUGCGAAGAUGGGGUGCAAACACAUUUACAGGAUUCCCACUUUGUUUGGGGCUCCAAAACUGAAAACACGGCAACCUUGCUAAUGUAUUUGCUCCCUGUCUUUGCACAGAGAGUUUGAAUUGAUGUGUAGGUGAACUCUCAGGAUAGCAUGGAAUAUUCCCUCCGUGACGGAUUGAAUUUCGAGAGCUUUUUUAGAGCUUGGUAGUUGAUUUCAGAGAAAAGCAGUGGCACCAUCGUGUAUCUUGUACAAUUUUACUCAUGGAAUCGCACUUAAAUCGCAAAUCCCUCACACAUGCAAGUUCUCUAUUCAAAGUUGUUUCCAGUUGCUGUAUAAGUUGUGUUGCUGUUCCUCUUAUUGCAAUAGUAUCCAAAUUAUCAGUAAAGCAUACUAAAAGCAGGCGCUCUGAUCGAAGCACAAUGAACUGAAAAAAAACCUUUGCUGACUCGUUUUGUACCAGUAUUGUUCAUGUAGGUAUAUUUUACCCUGUGCGCAACCCUUAUUCUUGUCACAAGAGUUGGAAACUUCACACUGAAAAAUAAAAUCUCAUCCCUGUCACUAUUCCUCAUUGGUGAUCUAAAGGACUUCUCCCCAAAACUUUUCGUGUGUAGUUAAAAACUCAAAAAAGGUAUAUUCAUUAAACUGUUAAUUUAUGAGGGUACGAACGGUAUUAAGAUUAAUUUAGGCUGUUUUUCCUUAAUGAAUCCUUUCCUGGUGAAGCAGAUCUUCCUUUUCGUUCUUCUCGACUAUGUCUUGGGGUGAUAUGAUUUUUCACGAACAAUUGACUCAUGUCGGAAAAAACGGCAGUCAUUGCCUACCAAAUUAAAUUUUAGAUUAUACAUCUGAAAGACCUUGCCUCGCUGUUGGUCAAUGUUUAACCUUUACGUUUUGUGUAUAAGGAAAUAUUUAUCUAAUUUAUUUUACAAAUAUUGACGGGAUUAGGAGGGAAAUAUCAUCUUUUUUUUUACAUAGAUGAGACACAGACUCUCUUUUCUCUUCUGCGCUGUUUUCCAUGUACCUGGUUGUUAGUCUUCUUCAAUUACAAAAAAAUCUUUUAAAAAAAAUGAAAAAUAUUGUUAGGUAAAUUUUGUUCAUUCAUUAAUUUUUUUCAUCGUCUUCUUUAAUCGCAUGAUAUAAAUCUUGUUCAAUCAUUCAUUUUUUUUGUUGUCUUCUUCAAUUGCAUGAUAUGAAUCUUGUUUAUUCAUUCUUUUUUUUUUUUGUUUCCAUAUCGGUUUCGUUUCACCACGCGUUUUUGUAUAAGAAUUUCUGUAACUCAGGGCGCAACGCCCAUCUUGACUUGUGAUAUUCUUUUUGUAUUGGUAGCAGUUAUUAUCAUUAAAAAGGAAAAAUAAAAAAAUUUACAAACAA